AACAUUUGUGGUGGCUAAGUGCAAUGAAUAUGUUAGAUAAAAUUAGUAUUUCUAAAGAAGAAACAAAACUAUUACAAGAGAGAAAUGCUCUUCUCGAAUCACAGUUAGCAGACUGUGGAAAAGUCCAAACAUCGUGCUCCGAAAACCUUGACUCCAUGCGAUCGAACUUGAACGCUCUGCAAGACCUGGUGGUCAAGUGCAGAGCCGUGCUCUCGAUUCACGCAGGUCAGACCUCCGGCCACCCAACGCCCCCCAUCAGUCCGGCAGCCGUACCGUCAUCACCAUCCAAAGUGGUGAACUUCCAUCCGCUGGAAAACGCUUUUGCAGCAGCGACAUCAUCACCACCACCACCCAUCAGUAGCCAUGCUGCCCUGAAAAGUGAAAUUGGACUGCUGAAAGCCCAGCUGGAUAUCUACAAGAGUGAUUUUGCCGAGGAACGAAUGGCGCGUUUGUCUCUGCUGGCGGAAAAUAAUCGCCUGGUGAGCCAGGUGCAACAGCUUCAACAACAGAACCGAACUCUUAUUGCCGAUGCAUUGAAUGGACACGAGGAACAACUAACAUACAGUCGGAGGUGCAGCCGAAUGUCUCAGGAGAGUGAUGGGACGGUGAUGGCAUCAACGGCACCAGCACCUGAUGAUCAAUCAAUCAAGGACGGACCAGGAGCUAAUUAUCAAGGGGAACGGAAGGCCUCACAGUGUCAGCACUGUAAUGGAGUGUUCAGCGAUAUUUACUCACUGGAAACGCACAUCGAUGAGUGCCCGGCAUAUUAAUCCAUGCCGAGACGAAAUAUCCUAUUUAAACCUUUUGAAUACUAUAUACAUAACA